AUGUUCGUUCGCUUGCUUGAUGACAUGAAUCAACGAACAACUGCUGCAGCUCGAACAACAGUCGGAUGUACAACUCCGUUUAAAGUGAUCAGCGUUCUGCCGUUAUCAUCAGGACACCCUUUAACCGAUCUCGAGUACGCAGACGAUGUUUUUAUAUUCGCGGAAAGCGAAAGCAUACUUCAACAUGUUGUCAAUCUUGUAUCGAAACUAGCUGCAGCCUAUGGACUACGUCUACGCCCUGAUAAAUACAAGCAGAUGUGGGUCUCUUCGAGACCUCGGACGGGAAUCAGGGUGGACGGACAACCAACUGAACUCCUCGAUGAGUUCUGUUACCCGGGCUUGAAGAACAACAGCAGCUACGAGAGAGAUGUUCAGCAAACAUGCGCUAAGGCCACUUCUGCAUUUAAUUCCUUAACGAAAUGCCUGUGGUCGACCCCCAUCACCAACGAAGUCAAGCUGCGGGUCUACCUAUCCGCAAUUCGUCCCAUCAUGAUGUACGGAUCGGAGACUUGGGCAGCACCAUCAACGGUUAUGGAGAGGCUUGAUUGCACGGAACGAAAGCUGCUUAGGCGGCUGCUUGGCUACUUUUGGCCUAGGGUAUGCCACAAUGAAGAUCUUUACGCAGAAAUUGAUGUGGUAUACCGGCGGAUGACACAAGGAAGACAUCAACAUCUUGUACCGCCAUCGAAAUUGGCUAAAGUAAAUCGUCUUCGCUUCUUUGGUCGUAUAUUAAGGAGACCGGCGGAUCGCCUUGUUGAACGAGUUCUGAGGAGUUUGCCGGAUUCGGACUGGAAGAAGCCACUUGGCCGAAAACGGAAGUUCUGGACUGAGGUGGUGAAAGAGGACCUGGGGACACUCGGCAUGGAUAGGCAGUUCAGGCGAGACGUAAUGUUUCGCAGAAUAUGGAAUAGCGACGAAUGGAUUGAUUCUGUGCAAGCCCUCGCAGAAGAUCGAGAAGGUUGCGCAGAGCUGUGUUCUAGGGCGGCAUACCUCGGCGAAGAUGCGGGUAAUCGCGUCAGGCGAUGA